CAACUGUCUUGUGUGUGUGUGAACUUCAGGGAGAAAGUGAGCAGAGGGCCUUUUGGGGGACUGGAGAGUGGUGGUGUGAAUUGUGAAGAUGGGAAUAGAAGAUACUGCCUGUUAAGAACUGGAAUCUGUUUUGAAGUUGGGAAGACAAAAUAUCUAAAGCAUAGAAAUCAUGGGAGCUGAAGAAGAAAUGCUCAUCACUCUGUCUGGAGGUGCCCCCUGGGGCUUCCGCCUGCAAGGGGGUUCAGAGCAGAAAAGACCCCUUCAAGUGUCAAAGAUCCGAAAGAGAAGCAAAGCAUGCCGUGGAGGCCUGUGGGAAAAUGAUGUGAUAGUAUCUAUCAAUGGGAAGUCAUGUGCUGGCCUUUCCCAUGCUAAUGCCAUGCAGAUCAUCGAUUCUUCCAACGGCAUGCUCAACAUCCGUGUGAAAAGGAUGGUUGGUGGGGACCAGACCGGCCCACGGUCCCAGCAUUCCCCUUCUCCAGGGCAGCGAGUGCUCUCCUCCCCAUCCCUGCUCAGCCCCCCAGCACAGUCACUCAGCUCUGAACCAGCAGGAGCCCCGGCCACCACACAGCCCUCUCAGCCACGGAGGUCACAGAGGCACCUGGAGAGCCUCACCUCCCCCCCGGACAGUGAGGCCUACUAUGGGGAGACGGACAGCGAUGCCGACAACGUGGCCCAGGAGAAGCACCGCCGGGCUCGCAAGAAGAGCCCGCGCUCCCCACCUGACAGCACCGCCAGCAAGGCGGAUGAACCUCCGGAUGAGGUGUCCCUGUCUGAACAGAGCGGCUACGAGAGCAUGCCAGAGGCUGUGGUGCAGGGGGGAGCAGAGGUGCCCAGCUCCAGUGGGGUGGCCAAGAGGGAGAUUGUCUGCCUGCCUGGCAGCCGCACAGACACUCCAUUCUCAGACAGCGAGGGACAGCUGCGGCCACCAUCAACAGAGGGACGGGAGCCUUCUCCAGAGGCAAUGCUCCUGCCCCAUGCCACCAAGGCUAUCCGAGCGGAACGCCAUCUCAUCCCUAUGGUGGGGCCAGUGGAACAUCCGAUUGAUGAAGACCUAACCACCACAUAUACAGAGAAAGCCAAGCAGGCCAAGCUCCACCGCCACGAGAGCAUCCAGGAGAAGAACGUGAAAGAAGCCAAAACCAAGUGCAGAACCAUUGCAUCCCUGCUGACAGAUGCACCCAACCCCCACUCCAAGGGGGUGCUGAUGUUUAAGAAGCGCAGGCAGAGGGCUAAGAAGUAUACAUUGGUAAGCUUUGGGAGUGUCGACGAAGACCGCUCCUACGAGGAGGAAGACGGAGUUUUUCCAACUAGUGAGUCUGAAUUUGAUGAGGAAGGUUUCUCUGAUGCCCGAAGCCUAACUAACCACUCAGACUGGGACAACACUUACCUAGACAUCGAGAAGUCCAAGUCUGACACUGAACAGAAGGAAGAGAAGCAAAAAGGUUUGAGCGAAGCCUCAGGUAAAGGAGCACGAUUGUUUGAGCAGCAGAGGGAACGGGCUGGGAAGUACACAGUUGAGAAAGCUCCAGUGCAGAAGAGCCCCCAGCUUGACCCAGCUGCCCAGCCAAAGCAGGGCACAGUGAACGGAGAUAUGCCUGUGCCAGAGGAGAAGGCAGACAGCAUGCCCCUCAGCAUCCACCUGGAAAGUGUGCAAGUGCCCAGCAAGCAGCCAGCCACCCUCCCUACUGAGAUUCAGGCUGCUCCUAGCCCCACUUUCUUCCCACCUCCCCCAAGCACCCCCGACCCUUUCUCUGCAAGCUCGACAAGCAUGUUCAACAGGUCUGCACGGCCCUUUACUCCUGGCUUUUCUGACCAACGCCCAGCAACAUCCUCUGUCAUCUUUAGGCCAUCUGCACCCAAAAAACCCAGUGAAAAUCUGAGUGGGCAAAGCACAGUGGUUUCCCCUUUCUCAUUUCCGGCUCCUGCCAACGCACCAGUGCCAACACACCGUGGUGCAGUCAGCUCCUCCACAUCUCUGUAUAUCCCUGCACCAGGAAGGCCAACAUCACCACUGGAGUCACAGCCAAAAGGAGGAAGUUCUCCAGAAACUAAGCCUUCUGCCAACACUGCUCGGACAUCCACCACUUCUAUCUUUCUGUCAACUCCCUCAAAGCCAGGAGGGGAUGUGGCCUCUGCAGCAUCCCAGCCACAAGUCCAUGGAACAGCCUCUUCUUCUUUGUAUAUUAGUCCAGCACCAUCACAGCACAUGAGAAGCAGUUCCCCUGUGCCAAAGCAGCCUUCUCCUGCCAUCGCUCCAGCAAUGCCACGGCCUCCUUCAGAGCCCUUAACCUCCAGGGAGCAGAGGAUUGCUGUGCCAGCUCCCCGCACAGGCAUCCUGCAGGAGGCUCGCCGGCGGGGCAACAAGAAACCCAUGUUCAGUAAGAUUGAGGAGAAGAAGAAGAAUUCACCCAAUCCUGAGCUCCUGUCUCUGGUGCAGAACCUGGAUGAGAAGCCGAAAGGUGACCACCCUGGGGCAGGCUUCGAGUCUGGGCCUGAGGAAGACUUCCUCAGCCUGGGUGCUGAGGCCUGCAACUUCAUGCAGUCCUCGGGCCGUAAGUUCAAGACCCCACCUCCAGUGGCUCCUAAGCCAGAUACUGGACUGGUAAAUGGGGCCCAGGACAUGCCUCAGCUUAAAGGCAAGGGGGCAGAGCUUUUUGCCAAACGCCAGAGCCGCAUGGACAAGUAUGUGGUGGAGACAACACCGAAGCCGGACCCCAAGCCCAGGACCCCCUCUCCUUCCCCUUCUCUCCCCUCAUCCUGGAAAUAUUCACCCAACAUCCGGGCUCCCCCUCCAAUAGCUUACAACCCAAUGCAUUCCCCUUUCUAUCCCCUGGCAGCCAGCAAAUCUCAGGCUAGCAAAGCAGAGAGCAAAGUGAAAAAGGCACCUGGCCAGAAAUCAGGGAUCAAGGUCAUUGAUAUAAUGCGCCACCAGCCCUAUCAAUUAAAGUCAGCCAUGUUCUGUUUUGGGGAUCCCCCAAGCCCCAGCACUCAGAAUUCUGGUCAGCCAGCCCCGCAGGCUAGCUCAUCCUUCAUGGCAGCCAAGCAGGUGCCCGUGAAAACAGCCAAGACCCAGGAGAUUCGUCGCUUCUCCACUCCGGCUCCCAUGCCAGCCUCUAGCAGCCUGGCACCUACCGUGCUUAUGCCCCGCUCAGCAACCACGCUGGAUGAGCCAUUGUGGAGAACAGAAAUGGCCUCUUCUGCCCCUGCUACACCGGCACCCUUUAAAAUGGAGCUCAGCCAGUCCCCAAAACCAUAUCAGAGCUCCCCAGAGCCUGGUCAGGUGGGCCAGGGGCCUUCUCCAAAUCCAGCCUCUGCCUCUCGGUUUCAGGUGGCCAGGCCCAAAUUCUCAGCAGCAAGAACAGGGAUGCAGGCCAAUGUGUGGAGGCCAAGUUUUGGCCACCACUGAGGCAGGUACUCCUCCCAUCCCGUUUGUGGCCCCGCAGAGAUAGUGCUUGUUUUGUCUUUCAUGUCAGCUCAGUACAUUGGGGUGAGUGACACAAAAUGAAGAAAAAAACCCAAACCAAAUUACUCCCCUUCUGCACCACCCUCUCCCCCAGCCUCCCUUUGGUCUCAGGUGGGAAACUUCACAGAAAGGCUUACUGGCUGUGGC